AUGCUAGCAAUUUGUUACAUCAUGUCAAGGAAAUUGAGAAAAAGACAGGCAAAAAAGAUGGCACUGAGUCUAAUUCUACCACAGAAAACUUUGGAGGAGAAUAAAGAAAGGAUUUCAGUUGAACAUAAUUAUUGCACACCUCUGACUCCCAUUGAACCUGUUGAAACAGAAGGAAACAUUUGUACAGUGUCAACUGAACUGUUAUCACCAGUGAAGUGCCAUCCAGUGAGUUUGGAAGAAAUAAAGGAAAGAUGCAUAAAACUUAAGAAAAGGCUUUUUGUCGAUGAAAAGGAUGUUGAUCGAAUUGAAAAAGAGACAGUGGGUCAAUCAGCAAAUGAAAACUGGAAUCUGCAUCGAAAAAUAAGAAUAACUGCGUCAAAAUGCCAUCGAAUUGCCACUUUGCAAGCAACUACCUCCCCAACAAAGGCCAUUGAAGAGGUCUUACAUUACAAGCAGAUACCUCAAACAAGGGCAAUGAAAGAGGGUUUGUCAAGGGAAGGUGCUGUUAUUGCUGAAUACAUCAAAUCAAAGAAACUGGACAAUCAAAAUGUAAUAGUGCAACCAUGUGGACUUUUCAUCAGCAAAUCUCAUAAUUACCUCGCCGCAUCUCCAGAUGGCUUAGUAUACAAUGCUGACUCCACUGAGCUAAAUUCAAGUGGACUUGUUGAAAUAAAAAUUGUCUUCCUAAAGGAGAAUGAGACUUUGUACCAAGCACUUGUCAGAAAAAGAAUCUUUCUUCCUGGUUCAACGGAUGGACACCUGGUCAUCAACCAAAAACACAAGUAUCACUAUCAAGUGCAGCAACAGAUGUUUGUUGCACAGAAAUCAUGGGUUGAUCUGGUGGUAAAGGGAGUUAAAGAUCUUCCAGACAGAUCAAUUGUAGACACUGAUGGUGUUUUCAUUUCAACAGUCAACUUUAAUCGUGAAUUCUGGACCUCAGUACUUCCAAAACUUGAGGCAUUUUAUAAUGAGCACAUUCUUGUAGAACUUGCUUAUCCGCGUGUUAAAUUUGGUCUUUCAAGAUUAGACUUGAGAGGCUGUUGA